UCAAUGAUGAUUGUAUGAAGGUGACGAUUGCUGUGGUGACUCCUGUGGGCAGUGCCAGUACAAGCAGUACUUGUAUACAAACGGCCAAAGGUUCCAGGACCCGGAGGAUCCCUGUGUGACAUGCACCUGUCAGAACGGCUUUGUGCACUGCGAGACGAAGCAGUGUCCCCAACAGUGUGCUCAUCCGGUGAGCAUGAGGGACUGCUGUCCGGUGUGUGACGGAUGUCUGUUUGAAGGGCAGAGGUACAGAGACUCGCAGACGUUCUACGCCCCCUCAGACCCCUGCAGGGGAUGUGUGUGUCAGAGCAGCUCUGUUACAUGCAGCCCAAUCACCUGUCCCCAGGUUUCCUGCCAAAACCCCAUCACCCCGCCGGGACAGUGCUGCCCUCAGUGCAGAGGAUGUUUUCAGCGAGGUCAGGAGUAUUUAGAAGGAGAUAGCUUGACCCUCCCCAAUGAGCCCUGCAUCAAAUGCACCUGUGUGGACGGUGAGGUGAACUGUGUGGGUCCAGACUGUCCUAAACUGACCUGCAUGCAUCAGGUCACAGACCCCGGCUCCUGCUGUCCCCGCUGCAGAGGCUGUAUUUAUGAUGGCGUUGAGCAUCUUGAAGGCAGUACCUGGUUUGCAUCCAGAAGUCCCUGCAUGUCCUGCAUGUGUGUGAAUGGAGUGACCACCUGCUCAGAGGUCCACUGUCUGUCCACCUGUCUAAACCAGAUCAGCGUGCCGGGCGAAUGCUGCCCAGUGUGUGCAGACUGUGUGUAUGAAGGCCGUGUGUACGGCCCUGGAGACAGUUUCCACCCCUCUGAUGACCCCUGUCAGAUCUGCACCUGUGAGGUGAUGCCAGAUGGGAAACAGCACUUACGCUGUUACAGGAAGCAGUGCCCAAGUCUGGUGGACUGUCCUAAACACAACAUCCUUUACAGUGGCUCUGACUCCUGCUGUCCUGUCUGUGCACAGCCCCUCAGUAACUGCACAGCUACGCUGAUCGGUAAUGAAGUUUUGGCCACUGAUGAUCCAUGUUUUACCUGUCAGUGCAAGGAUUUGACGUGGACGUGUAUCCAUCGGGGCUGUCCUCCUCUCAGCUGCCCUCCGGCCGAACAGCACACACCGCCGGAUUCCUGCUGUCCCAUCUGUGAUGAUUGUGUAUUAGAGGGCAACCAAUAUCGCGUGUCAAACGGCCAGAGAUGGACGGACAGGGACAACGAGUGUGUCACCUGCAUCUGCAAUCAAGGGCAUAUCGAGUGUGAACUGCAGGAGUGUCCUCCUCUCGAAUGUCCGAAUGGAUGGAUCAAAGUGAAGAGUCCUGGGAAGUGCUGUCCUGAGUGCACAGGCAUCAUAACUGUGGCUUACUCCAAAGACGCUCAUGCAAAGUGUGUGUACGAUGGUCAGUGGUACAACCACAAUGACCACUGGCAGGUGGACGAGUGUACGUCCUGCACCUGUGUGUACGGAGACGUGCACUGCCAGACCCAGAGAUGCCCAACGCUCACGUGUGCCUCGGAUGAAACGCCGGCUCUGGUUCCGGGAAUGUGUUGUCCUCACUGUAUUCCUCGACCAGCCACAUGCAUUGUGUUUGGAGACCCUCAUUACCGAACGUUUGAUGGAAAGAUGGUGAACUUCCAGGGGAAGUGCACAUAUGUUCUGGCUCAGGACUGUUUGGGCGGAGACUUCAGUGUUCAUGUGUCUAAUGAGGACCGGGGACGUAAGGGAGUGUCUUGGACUAAAGAAGUGACCGUGUUUAUUGGAGAUAUUGUGGUACAGCUGUUCCAGGACUGGAUUGUCAAGGUUGAUUAUCAGCAAGUCUCUCUGCCGUUUCUUAAAGAGCCGUAUGUUUACCUGGAACGCAAGACCAACACCAUCCUCCUGAACACCAAUGUUGGGCUGAAGGUGUUGUGGAAUGGUCGUUCUCAUCUGGAAGUCAGUGUUCCUGGCACCUACAAGAAGCACAUGUGUGGUUUAUGCGGCAACUUCAAUAACUACCCUCAUGACGACAUGAUACUACGCAAUAAACAAAUCACCAACUCUGAAGCAGUGUUUGGAAACGACUGGAAGGUGGGCAGUGAAAAUCCAAGUGUUCAGUGUCCUGAUGCGAUAAACAUUCUCCCGUGUCAAGAAGCAGGAUACUCGGCCCGUAAGACUGCGAACGCUCGCUGCGCAGUGCUGAAGUCGCCCGUUUUUGAGCGCUGUCACAAGCUGGUGCCACCCGAGAUGUUCUUUGCUUCGUGUGUGUAUGAUCUGUGUGCCUGCGGCUCCAAUAUAGACGAGUGUUUGUGUGAUGUGUUGGAGGCUUACGCAUCUGAGUGCCGUGAGGCUGGAGUUAUCCUGCAGUGGAGGUCGCCGACACUCUGUGCUGUGGGCUGUCCUCUUGACCGCGGAUAUGUGUUUGAUGAAUGCGGGCCACCGUGUCCUAAGACAUGUUUUAACAAAGACGUGCCGCUUGGCGUGAUCGAGUCUCACUGCUUCAAACCCUGUGUGCCGGGAUGCCAGUGUCCCGCUGGCCUGGUGGAACACAACGCUCACUGCAUCGCCCCCGAGAAAUGCCCGAAAAUUAUCCAUGGCAAUCUCUGAGAGCCACAAACUCUACCAAGCAUCACGUGGAGUCACAUCAGCUUAAAACUGAGAUCUGAUGAAAAGCAACAAGCUCUUUAAGUCAACAUGAAAUUAGAAUUUGCUUUAUUUCAUUUAAUUCAUAUUCCUGGUCUCACACUAUAAGAUUUAUUCUGAAUUUGUAGCCUAAAAUCUAACUGUUGAUGCUUGAACUUGAAGCCCAUUUAAGUUUUACUUUAUAUCUCAAACCACAUAAACACUCUUCUACUGUGUACUGCAUUUAGUUGUUUUGUUGAACUGUUUUAUUGGUGCUACUGUGUGUAAGUGUCUCUGACUGAUUAUAGGACACUGUGUUAACCUGAGUUUCAUGGAGCUAAUUUUUACAUUUAAAUUUUUUUAUCCGCUGAUAGGAGGAUGUUUUGAGCCAGAUGGACAAAGUUUACCUGCUUUUUCCUGAAAGAACAAGAUAGGGCUUUUUUGCACUGGUAUUGUGGUUUUAAAUAUUUUGUUACUCUCUUAAAAUACAAUAUGUUAUGAAUACACUUCAUUUGCAACACUGACAAUGAAUCUAAAUAAAAAAAGAAACACAAGCUAAAUCU